GGUGGCUGUCAUAUCCGGUCUGCUUGUGUUGUUGUUUUUCCUGCCUGGCGGAGGGAGUGGGGAUGUACUGACGGCUGGGAGGAAGAGAGGAGCGACAAGAAAGCCUUGGGAAGAGAUAAGAUAGAAAGGGAAAAGGUCCUGGGUUGCACCGUCCGUCAGGUUAGGCAUCAACCAUCUACAGAUUGCAACACCGUCUGACCAGUCACUAAACCGGGGGUGAAAUGUCGUCGUCUACCAGUCGUCAGCUUAGCGAAAGCAGGGCCAUUCCAACCAGGACGGUGUUGAUCAACGAUAGAACGCAGCUACCUCAUGAUUAUUGCACCACCCCUGGAGGCACUUUAUUUUCAACUACUCCGGGAGGGACCAGGAUCAUCUAUGACCGUAAGUUCCUAUUGGACCGGCGUAACUCCCCCAUCGCCCAGACCCCCCCGGCCCACCUGCCCAUCAUCCCCGGGGUGACCAGCCUCAACGUCCUGACCGAGAACAGAAGGAACGAGGCCAACAACCACAUCAAACCCCACAACAGUCAUGGCAAGACAGCCACCGGUGAGGAUGCUCAGUUUGAGAUGGACAUCUGACCUCACCUGAGGAACCACACCGGAACAACAGAAGAAGAAACAAACCUGGUUCCUGUGCUGUGUUCCAGUGGCUUGGCUUGUAGAAACCAAUGUUGUGAGCUCUCACAUCACUCACAGCAGCCAUCUUCUUUCGCUCUCUGUCUCGCCGUCACUGGGUGUGAUGUAUGUAAACCACGCAGAUAAACUAUACCAUGUAAUACGUUAACUGUACGGCCAACUUGGCCCCAUACUGUGGCUCUGUUUCAAUGUCCAUGCUAGCAUACCACUUAGAAUGAAGCAAUGUAUUUGACAUGCAUCCUAAGUGGUAUGGUAGUGUGGAUAUUGGAAUGUAGCCUGCAUGUGUUGUUGCCAACUCAUCUAUCGUUGUCAAGCCAUAGUUUGGCAUGACAAUGAAACAACACAAAGAGGAGUUGGCUACAAUACAAACUGACUGGGCUACCAGGCUAUGGCUAACCCUGAGACCUAGCGGAAGACUCUGCAGGUCUAUUUGAAUAGGUCUCAGGGUUACCAACUGCCGUAUAUAUGUAUUGUAUGUAAUUCAGCCACACAACAAGGAAAAGGGUCUAAAGGUAACCAGAGAUAUUCUUAACCAUUAACAAAAUGUAGACGCCCAAGUCAAUGCAGUAAUCUAAACGGACCAUUCUGUAUUUCUGUAUGUGUCCUUAAUGCCAGAGCACACUGUAAACAAAGCUGUCUUUACUGCUUUAGACAUUUUAUAAUGGGGCCUAAGAAACUGUACAAUAUCUACUACUUGUACUACUUUGUAGAGCAAAGUACUGGCCUUAGAUUGAUAUUACUUAUCCUUUUCAGAACCGUUGUCAUUGUUUGGGUAAAAUGUUCAUAAAAAAAACAAAAUACUGGAUAUGCUCUUACCUGCCUGUUUUGUAGUCCGUUAGUUACCAGCAAUUAAACUCAUAAGGGAUGAUGUGACUGAUUAAAUUCUGAUUAGCUGAGAAUUUCAUCAUCAUUCCAAGCCUUGAAUAUCUAUCCAUCACCAAUACAAGCCUGACUUUAUGUUGCAUUUUGGGUCUUUCUGGUAAAGGAUUUUAUGAAGAUUUACCAUUUGGAAAACUUUGGCUUUCCGUUUGUGGUGAUGGUUUGAUAGAUUUGCAAAAUGAAAGGAGAAAAUGAAUUUAUACAUUAUUUCAGGCUAUUCUAAAUGUUAUACAUAAUCUGAUAAUGACUAAAUACAUUUGAAUUAGCUACAUGAAUGGUUUGUAUUUUGUCACAAAAGAGAUUUGAAACUACAAAUCUAACUGCUGUUCUAAUUUGAAUUAACUUCAUUUUUUCAGAGAAAUUUCAAUGCCAGUGGAUACUGUUACAGCAAGAUCAAUAAAGUUCCUUAUGAUGAGGA